GGAGAGGCUCUCUCUCUGCGUGUUUCUGUAACCUUAUUUUUUCUUUCUUCUGAGGAAGAAGGUUGGUAGAAGUUUCACCCACGAAACUUCAUCUAGAAUUUCCGACACCCUUUGAAUGGAAAGGAAAACAGAUUCCAAAUUUCCAUGGUUUGAACUCAGCUGCUUGUUUUCAAGUUCCAGUGUGUUUGGACACACAUAUACUACUACGACUACUACCCUGGACUCUCAAGUCUGAAGCCCACUGUGUAUCACCAUGGUAGUUUAAGCUCACCACUUUCAUCUUCAACCUCUGAAACCCACGUCCCAAAAUGUCGAAAACACCCCCACCUUCUGUCCAAUUUCACUUCUACACCCUCUCUAUCCUCCUCUUCUCUUUAACCUUUUAUGGGAAUUCUCAGGCCAGUGAUCAGGAGCUCUCAAUCCUACUGAAACUUAAGCAACACUGGCAUAAUCCACCAGCCAUCGAUCACUGGACUUCGUCCAAUUCAUCCUACUGCACAUGGCCGGAGAUUAAAUGUGCAGAGGAUGGCUCUGUCACUGGAAUCCUUCUUGUGAACAUCAACAUCACCAACGAAAUCCCACCCUUCAUUUGUGACCUGAAGAACAUCACAACCAUUGAUCUCCAACUCAACUACAUCCCUGGUGGAUUCCCUACAGGUCUGUACAACUGCACCAAGCUUGAGUACUUGGACCUCUCUCAAAACUACUUCGUUGGCCCCAUUCCGGCGGAUGUUGACCGCUUGUCACCUCGGCUGUAUCUCCUCUUCCUCGUCGGCAACAACUUCUCUGGCGAUAUUCCGGCUGCAAUUGGGCGAUUACCGGAGUUGAGGUUUCUUAGGCUCACCCAAAAUCAGUUCAACGGUUCUUUCCCGCCAGAAAUAGGUAAUUUGUCGAAACUUGAACACUUAGGAAUGGCCUAUAACGACUUCCGGCCAUCGGAAAUACCUCUGAAUUUCACUAAGUUGAAGAAUUUGAAGUAUCUGUGGAUGGCCCAAUCAAAUUUGAUCGGAGAAAUCCCGGAAAUGAUUGGAGAAAUGACUGCACUCCAGUACUUGGACUUGUCUUCAAACAAUUUGAGUGGGAAAAUCCCAAGCAGUUUGUUUCUGUUGAAAAAUUUGACCGAAUUAUACCUUCAAAUAAAUCAAUUUUCUGGGGAGAUUGGCCCAACAAUUGAGGCCAUAAAUUUGCUUAGAAUUGAUCUUUCUAAGAACAACUUAUCUGGGGCAAUCCCGGAAGAUUUUGGAAGGCUAAGCAAAUUGGAAGUUCUGGUUUUGUAUUCCAAUCAAUUCACAGGGGAGAUUCCAGAAAGCAUUGGCAAUCUAACAGCCCUGACAGACGUUAGGUUGUUCAGCAACAAUCUGUCCGGUAUACUGCCUCCAGACUUCGGGCGAUACUCAAUGCUGGAAGCGUUUGAGGUAGCUUCCAACAGUUUUACCGGAAGGCUUCCAGAGAACUUGUGCGCAGGUGGAAAAUUGGAAGGAUUGGUGGCCUUUGAUAACAAGCUCAGUGGGGAAUUGCCUGAAUCCCUUGGGAAUUGCAGGAAUUUGAAAAUUGUCAUGGUUUACAAUAACUCGCUCUCAGGCAACGUUCCCAGUGGUCUAUGGACUUUAGUGAACAUAUCACGGCUGAUGAUAAGCCACAAUUCAUUUACAGGUGAGCUGCCUGAUGAAUUGGGGUGGAAUCUUUCUCGGAUUGAGAUCAGAGACAACAUGUUUUAUGGAAAUAUUCCAGCUGGAGUGGCUUCCUGGAAGAACCUGGUGGUGUUUGAUGCACGCAAUAACCAAUUAUCCGGUCCAAUUCCUUCUGAAUUAACAGCCCUACCUCGCCUCACUACUCUUCUUCUCGACAGAAACCUAUUUGACGGUCACCUUCCAUCCAAGAUAGUGUCUUGGAAGUCGCUGAAUUUCCUAAACCUUAGCCGAAAUCAGAUCUCUGGCAUGAUUCCGGCUGAAAUUGGUUAUCUACCUGACCUUUCAGGGCUAGACCUGUCGGAGAACCAACUCUCCGGUGAAAUCCCACCUGAAAUCGGCCUCCUGACUCUCACCUUUCUCAACCUUUCUUCCAAUCAUCUUACUGGGAAAAUCCCAACCAAGUUUGAAAACAAAGCAUAUGACAGCAGCUUCUUGAACAACCCUGGUCUCUGUACAAGUAACCCAUUCCUAGGCAUUGGCUUCCAACUCUGCCAUUCUGAGACAAGGAAGAAGAGCAAGAUCUCAUCAGAAUCUUUGGCUUUGAUUCUGAGUGUUGCUGCAGCAGCCGCUGUGUUGGCCUUGUCAUUUUCAUUCAUUGUCUUCAGAGUCUAUAGAAGGAAGAAGCACAGAUUUGAUCCCACAUGGAAACUCACCUCAUUCCAGAGAUUGAAUUUCACUGAAGCAAACAUUUUGUCAAGUUUAGCAGAGAAUAAUGUGAUUGGAAGUGGCGGGUCAGGGAAAGUAUACUGUGUUCCUGUAAAUCAUUUGGGUGAAGUUGUGGCUGUGAAGAGGAUAUGGACUCACAGAAACUUGGAUCACAAGCUUGAGAAAGAUUUUUUAGCAGAAGUUGAAAUACUGGGUGCAAUUCGGCACUCCAAUAUCAUAAAAUUGCUGUGUUGUGUUUCAAGUGAGGAUUCAAAACUUCUGGUCUAUGAGUAUAUGGAAAGGAGAAGCCUCGAUCGGUGGCUCCAUAGGAAGAGAAGGCCGAUGAUUGCCUCAGGUUUAGUCCAUCAUUUUGUCUUGGCCUGGCCCCAGAGGUUGAAGAUUGCUGUGGAUAUUGCCCAGGGUCUAUGCUACAUGCACCAUGACUGUUCACCUCCCAUUGUUCAUCGAGAUGUGAAGUCGAGCAAUAUCCUGCUGGAUUCUGAGUUCAAUGCAAAAUUAGCAGAUUUUGGAUUGGCAAAGAUGCUGAUCAAGCCCGGAGAGCUGAACACAAUGUCAACUGUGGCAGGCUCAGUCGGGUACAUGGCACCAGAGUCUGCUCAAACUGCAAGAGUGAGUGAGAAGACCGAUGUUUACAGCUUUGGGGUAAUCCUUCUGGAGCUGGUAACAGGACGGGAAGCCAGUGAUGGAGAUGAGCACACAUGCCUUGUUGAGUGGGCAUGGCAACACAUCCAAGAAGGCAAGCAUACAGCCGACGCCUUGGACAAGGAGAUCAAGGAACCCUGCUACUUGGAUGAGAUGAGCAGUGUGUUCAAGCUAGGGAUCAUUUGUACUGGCACACUGCCUUCUACCAGGCCCAGCAUGAGGAAGGUUUUGAAGAUCUUGCUCCAAUACAGCAAUCCACUAGAGGUCUAUGGAGAGGAGAAUACCGCAAGAGAAUACGAUGCCGCCCCCCUCCUCGACACAAAGCCAGCGAGAAUAUCAGAAAAUAAUGGCAGUAAUUUUGCGUCCAAUGUGUGAGACUCCGUUCCAUGCUGUCACAGGAGGCAAAGGAAAACAUAUAGUUAGCAAUAGGUUGCUAUAUUGAGAAGACCAAACUGCUCUGAAUCGUGUAGCUUAGAGAGCAUCUUGUAGUCAUAUAUAGAAACCAAGGCCAAAGGUGGCCCAAGUUAGGCCAUGAACAUUGCUGUAUACAAUAAGAUUCUACAGGUAUGAAGCACACAUUGCAUAUCUAUAAUUUAAAAAAGUAAUACGUUCUUGUUUGCAA